AAGGAUGACUGACGUUAGUUUCUGCGAUGCCACUUGGAGUAUCUGGCACUGUGGAUUGAUAAGUAAUGUGCAGAUUUAACUGCACAACCUGGGGAGAAAGCGUCAGGAGUGCUACUUCUUUUCAUCUGCUUCAGUGGGCAGAAGUACAGUGUCAUCUAUCUGCAAGGGAAGACUCUUCAACAGAUUUUUACAGCUAAUAAUAAAAACAACGUAGCACCAUCCACCUUUCUGAUUUACAACGCGUCACCUUCCAAGACAGAUGGUCUGUCAGAAGCUGGAGGAUGCCUGCAGAGCACAUGAUAAUGAAGUAGUGAAUUGAUACUGCUGCCGUCGCCGCCUAAUUGUCAGGAUCACAGCCGAAAGAACUGCACUGCCCCUUUUCUUCUCCCUUAAUCGGGCCAGGAACAGCAGGGUGGACAUGGCUGGCCUCAUUAACAACCUGCUAAUACCGUUUCUUGUUUUUCAAAACAUCUGUUUGGGUUUCAGAAGCCCACUUUCUCUCUUCAAGAGGUAUAAGGAUACUACCAGAUCUCUUUCCAGUGAAUGCCUUGGAAGUGACCGGCCAGUGAUUUCACUUGGUCUGUCAGAUUUUGCGUUGGACAUUCGCAUGCCUGGGGUGACGCCUAAGCAGUCCGAUACCUACCUCUGCAUGUCAGUACCCCUGCCGGUGGAUGAUGAAGCCUAUGUAGUUGACUUUAAGCCUCAUGCCAGCAUGGACACUGUCCAUCACAUGUUACUUUUUGGAUGUAAUGAACCCUCUUCUACUGAAAAUUACUGGGACUGUGAUGAAGGAACAUGCAAAGACAAAUCUAACAUUUUGUAUGCUUGGGCAAGAAAUGCUCCACCCACCAGGCUGCCCAAAGGUGUUGGAUUCAGAGUUGGAGGAGAAACAGGUGGCAGAUUUUUUGUGCUCCAGGUACAUUAUGGGGAUAUUAGUGCAUUUAGAGAUAAACACAAGGACUGCUCUGGUGUAACUUUACAUCUGACACAGCAAAAGCAGCCUUUGAUUGCUGGAAUGUAUCUUAUGAUGUCUGUGAACACUGUAAUACCACCAGGCGAGAAAGUGGUUGAUGCAGACAUUGCCUGCCAUUACAAAAGGUUUCCAAUGCAUCUUUUUGCCUACAGAGUUCAUACACACAGACUAGGUAAAGUAGUGAGUGGAUACAGAGUGAGAAAUGGUCAGUGGACAUUGAUUGGUAGACAGAGUCCACAACUACCACAGGCAUUCUAUCCAGUAGAACAUCCUGUAGAUGUUAGCUAUGAUGAUAUCCUAGCAGCUAGAUGUGUGUUCAGUGGUGAAGGCAGAACUACAGAGACACAUAUAGGGGGAACAGCCAAUGAUGAAAUGUGCAAUUUUUACAUUAUGUACUAUAUGGAAGCCAAGCAUGCUGUCUCGUAUAUGACCUGCACACAGAAUGCAAACCCUGAGAUGUUCAGAAAUAUACCGCAGGAGGCAAACAUUCCUAUUCCAGUCAAGUCUGAUAUGCUAAGGAUGACGCAUGGACAUCAUGAAGAAACCAAGGAUACUGAUAAAAGUUCUUUGCUGCAGCAGGCCAAAAAAGAGGAGGAAGAGAUUUUGGAUCAGGAUUUCCACAUAGAGGAGGCUGUGGAGUGGCCUGGGUUAGACCUCAAACUAGGUCAAGUUUCUGGGUUGGCUCUGGACCCUGAAAAUAACCUAGUUAUCUUCCACAGAGGUGAUCAUGUUUGGGAUGAAAAUUCUUUUGACAGCAAAUUUGUUUAUCAGCAAAGAGGACUUGGACCAAUUGAACAGAGCACAAUUCUUGUCCUGAAUCCAAGUAAUGCAAAACUGCUUCGUUCCAUGGGCAAAAGUCUAUUUUAUUUACCACAUGGUUUAAGUAUAGAUAAAAAUGGUAACUACUGGGUCACUGAUGUAGCUCUCCAUCAGGUUUUCAAACUGGGAGCAGAUGGUAAAGAAGCAUUACUGGUCUUAGGAGUAGCUUUGCAACCGGGCAGUGACAAAAAUCAUUUCUGUCAACCAACCGAUGUGGCUGUGGAUCCGAUCACUGGCAGCAUUUAUGUCUCUGACGGCUACUGCAACAGCCGAAUCAUUCAGUUCUCUCCAAAUGGAUUGUACAUGAUGCAGUGGGGAGAAGGUACAGAGACUUCUUUAGGCAGAGCCAGACCUGGACAAUUUCAUAUCCCUCACAGCUUAGCCCUGAUCCCCGACUUCAGUCAGCUAUGUGUUGCAGACAGGGAAAACGGUCGAAUUCAGUGCUUCAGGUUGGAGACUGGGGAGUUCAUAAGAGAGAUCAAGCACAAAUCAUUUGGAAGACAGUUGUUUGCAGUUUCAUAUGUUCCAGGUGGUCUCCUCUUUGCAGUUAAUGGAAUGCCUUAUCCUGGAGGGGCAGAACCAGUGCAAGGAUUUGUGAUGAACUUCUCUACUGGAGAAAUAAUUGAUACUUUCAUUCCGCUUAGAAAGAGCUUUGAGAUGCCACAUGAUGUUGUUGCUUCAGAAGAUAAAACAGUAUUUGUUGGAGAUGUUCAUGCCAGAGUAGUGUGGAAGUUCACAUCCACAGAAAAAAUGGAACAUCGGUCAGUUAAAAAGGCUGGUAUUGAGGUGCAGGAAAUAAAAGAACCAGAAACAAUUGUAGAAGCCAGAUUGAAAAACAACCCAGAAUCAACAGACCCUCUAAAGAAGCAGGAAAAACAACAUCUGGUCCGACAGGCCAGCACUGGAGUUUCCUUUGUUCUUAUUACAACUCUUCUAAUUAUCCCUGUUGUUGUCCUGCUGGCAAUUUUAGUAUUUAUUCGAUGGAGGAAGACAACUGUCUAUGGAGCUGAUGGGGAUCACAAACUUGAUUCAAGUUCAGGCAGAAUUUUAGGCAGACUUAGAGGGAAAGGCGGUGGUGGCCUAAACCUUGGGAACUUCUUUGCAAGCCACAAAGGCUACAGCCGAAAAGGGUUUGACCGACUGAGCACUGAGGGAAGCGAUCAAGAAAAAGACGAAGAUGAUGGCACAGAUUCAGAGGAAGAGUGUUCAGCACCUCCACCCCCACCAGCACCUUCAUCAUCCUGAAACCAGCCUUUGAGUUCUCCAUUAUACGAUUCACCCUUGAAUGUCAGAUUCCUUUUCCCUUAAGCACGUUUAAGAUUUUGUGUAUUUAAUUGUAAACUGUACUAGUCUGUGUGGGGCUGUACACUGGUUACUUUAAUUUUUGUUUGGUUUUAGUUCUGUUUUUUAAGUGGAGGAGUGUAUGGAAAUUCCAUAUCAGUGCCAUUGUUUUUUAUGUGACCAUCUAAUAAAGCAAACAGUCUUCUAAUUGCAGCACUGAUUUAAAGCAGUAGUAUCUUCUCAUCUCAAACUGGGGAUCUUGUAAAUAAGUCUUACUAUCUGCUUCAAAAUAUUUUUCUUGUAACUGUUCAGUUGCCAAUUUCUGUUUUGUGCCUUUCCUAUUCAAUGUCCUUAACCUGUUGCAGUACAGAGAAAAUA